AUGUCACAAUUGAAAUAUUUAAUAGGUUUAUCAAUCAUACUACGAAUUGGAUUUUUCUUAUUUGGAUUAUAUCAAGAUAAAUACAUGGCAGUUAAGUAUACUGAUAUAGAUUAUCUUGUAUUUAAUGAUGCUUCCAAAUUCAUAUAUGAUGGGAAAUCACCCUAUUUAAGAGAAACUUAUAGAUACACACCUAUAUUAGCUAUGUUAUUAAUUCCUGAUAAUUUUAAUGAAUUAUGGUUUAAUUUUGGUAAAGUAUUAUUUAUGAUUAGUGAUUUAAUAACUGGAUUGAUUAUUUUAAAAUUGUUAUCAAAGAAUGAAAAAUUAACAAAUAGAAAAAUCAUGAUUUUAUCAUCAAUUUGGUUAUUAAAUCCAAUGGUUAUAACUAUAAGUACUAGAGGAUCAGCAGAAAGUGUUUUAACUGUUAUGAUAAUGUUAUCAUUAUAUUAUUUAUUAGAUAAAAAGAAUAUUAUAUUGUCGUCAUUUUGGAUGGGAUUUGCUAUUCAUUUUAAAAUUUAUCCUAUAAUUUAUUUACCUAGUGUUCUUUAUUAUUUAUCUACUAAAUCAACUCCUUUUAUUAAUUUGCCAAUUUUGAAUUUGAUCAACAAGAAGAACUUGUCAUAUUUGUUUGUUACCUUGAUGACAUUAUGUGGAAUAAAUUAUUUGAUGUUUUUGAAAUAUGAUUGGGAAUUUAUUGAAAAUUCAUAUUUAUAUCAUUUUUCAAGAUUAGAUCAUCGUCAUAACUUUUCAAUUUAUAAUAUGGCAUUAUAUUAUAAAUCUUCAUUAUUAAAUGGGAUUUCAGGAUUAGAUAUUGAAAAAUUAGCAUUCAUACCACAAUUAUUAAUCUCAGGAUUGAUUAUUCCUUUGGUAUUUGCUAAAAAUGAUUUAUUAUCAAGUUUAUUUAUACAAACAUUUGCAUUUGUCACAUUUAACAAAGUUAUUACAUCACAAUAUUUUAUUUGGUUUUUAAUAUUUUUACCUCAUUUCUUAUCUAAAUCAAAUAUGUUAACUACAAACAAGAUCAACGGGGUGGUUUGUUUAUUGUUAUGGAUUGGAUCUCAAGGUAGUUGGUUAUAUUUUGCAUAUAAAUUAGAAUUUCUUGGUGAAAAUACUUUAGAUUAUGGAUUGUUCUAUUCUGCCAUUUUCUUCUUUUUAAGUAAUUGUUGGUGUAUUCUGCAAUUUAUUUCAAGUUUAUAG